AUGGCAUCUAUAUUCGACCCACGUGGACAACUAGCUCCCUUCACGAUUCGCUCUCGUGUCAUGUUCCAGGAGCUGUGCAUCCUCGGCAUGGGCUGGGAGGAUCCACUGGACGCUGAGCACACGUGGAGAUGGACAUCCUGGUUUAGCGAGCUGGGAGAUCCGGCGCUGAUCCGUGCGCCGCGCUGUUUCAAGUGUCCGGGUCGCGAGUCAUCUGUCGCUACAUUGUCGCUGCACGUGUUCACGGAUGCUUCAGAUGCCGCCUACGCCGCUAACGUGUACGUCCGUGCUGAGUACCCAGUCGGCAAUGUGCGAGUGACGCUAGCACUCGCCAAGGCGAGUCCAUGUCCCAUUAAGAAGAUGUCGAUCCCGAAGCUGGAGCUGAAGGGUGCUGUGCUUGGUGUUUGCCUGGCCCAGACAGUGAAUGACGCGCUAGAUCUGCCGCAGGCUGAUGCCACCUACUGGUCCGACUCGAUGAACGUGCUUCACUGGGUGAGAGCACAUUCCAGAAAGUUUAAAGUCGACGUGGGCAACCGGAUAGCUGAAGUACAAGAGUAUUCAGCUGGCAGCCAGUGGAACCACGUUCCUGGAAACCCAGCCGACAAGGGCACCAGAGGCUUGACAGCAGCCCAGCUAGCCAGUGAUGCAGUAUGGUGGAACGGCCCUGAGUUACUCGUCCAGCAGCACACUGAGUGGCCGUCUCGUCAGAUAACCGUGCCAAAAGAGUUGCCCGGAAUGGUAAAGCGAGCGCAAGUGAUGGAGUUCGCUGUGCGGCAAGUGUCAGCGGAGGUUUUUUGUCUCCACCCCGACAACUACUCGUCAUGGAAACGACUAGUAAGAGUGACGGCCUGGUGCUACCGUUUCAUCAACCGGUGUCGUCGACGUCAUGCUAGCACGAGAGGGGAUCCGGAAGCAGCGAGUGCAGCAGUCGACUCUGUGGAGCUGAAGUCUGAUGAGCUCCAGCGUGCCGAAUGUCACUGGUAUGCGAUCGCACAAGCAGUGAGCUAUCCCGCUUCGUAUCGGCAGCUGACGUCAGGGAAGUCCCUUGCAGCGAAUGACCCGCUGCUACGGCUGAAUCCAGUGCUCGACAAGGAUUACCCGUGUGUGCUAUGCGUUGGAGGUCGUCUGAAGACUGCCAGCCACUUACCUGAGCAUACCCGGCAUCCGAUAAUCUUGCCACAGCACCAUCGGAUUACUCAGCUGAUAGUCGACGCCGAAGAUUGCAAGUGUGAUCACAGUGUUGGCCCAAACCACCUCUUGGCAAACCUGAUGCUGCGGUUUUGGAUCAUCCGUGGCAAGGUUGUCACACGAUCUCGCCGUGCACACUGCGUGCUCUGCAAGAAGAAGUGGGCCACUGUGGCUUCGCAGCAGAUAGCACCGCUCCCGCUAUUCCGAACAGCUCCACCGUACCGGGCAUUUUCAAGAGUGGGAGUUGACUAUGCCGGUCCGUUCCGGACAAAACAAGGACGUGGCAAGACCCAGCUCAAGAGGUACCUCUGUGUCUUCUCUUGUUUGCAAUCUCGAGCCUGUCAUUUCGAGAUGGCGUAUGGCCUGGACACCGAGUCGUUUCUGCUAGCAUUCACCCGUUUCUGCAAGCGCAGAAGCGUGCCAGCUGAGGUCGUGUCAGACAACGGGACGAACUUUGUCGGUGCAGAGCGCGAGCUAAGAGAAGCCGUUCAAGCGCUAGGUUCUGGUGAAGUGGCCGCAAGUAUGGCCAGCCAAGGAGUUCACUGGCGCUUCAAUCCGCCUCUCGCUCCGCACUUUGGCGGCGUAUUCGAGUGUGUGGUCAAGGCAGCAAAGCGCGCAAUGAUGGCAACUCUGUCCGAGGCCAAUCUCACUGAUGAGGAACUUGUAACUGCCGUGGUGAGUGCGGAAGGCCUGCUCAACUCGCGUCCGUUGACCGCUGUCCGGACUGACGUGGAUGACGCCGCACCGCUAACACCGAUGCACUUCCUAGCUGGACAGUGCGAGCUGAGUCUGCCACUCGGAGAAGUUGCUCAGUUGCACCCACAGCGUCGUUGGCGGCUCCUCCAACAGCGCCUACGCGAGGUAUGGCGGCGAUGGCUUCGAGAAAUAGUGCCUCGGCUGAAUGUGCUUCAGCGAUGGUCUCGACGCAGCCGCAACAUCAAGCCCGGUGACAUUGUCCUCUGCAUGGACAAGUCUACUCCAAGAGGGCGUUGGCCGCUAGCAAAAGUGAUAGAAGUGUUCCCCGGAUCUGAUGGAUUGGUCUGUGUAGUGAACAUCAGAAUUGGCGCCAAGCAGUCCAAGCGGCCGAUAACGCAGUUGGUGCCGUUGGAAGUUGAACCCAUCGAUGAAGGUACCGGUCAGUAUGAUGAUCUCACGACUUCCGAUUAG